CUGUAACUAUUAAUUCACACUGCUGCAUCACAUGUAUGUACAGUAGAUGAGGGACGGGACGUCAUUAUGCUGAACCGCAUUGCAUUCUGGGGCGCACCUUUUUUGACAGAUUGUUUUAAUGUACGGUGGGUGAAUAGACGAACAGGAGGAGUAUCAAAACAAAUGGAUGCGUCUUCUCAUCGUUUUUUAAGCUAAACAGUCGGAUGGUGUAGUUUCUCUUCCCAGGCAGAUAUAUUUAUUUUUUGGCAGUUUAACAAUUUUCCGGGCUGGCAGGACGAGCAUUUAAGUUCUCGUCCACAAUUACUAGGUUCAAAUACGGCGUGCAACAUACAAUGCCUAGAAAAGAUAAAACUACUAAACCGAAACAUAGCAAGGAAGUUGAAAAGCCUGCACCACCUAGUUCCGGACCAGUAUUGUAUGAUAAAAGUGGAAGUAUUACCAUAGCAGUUCACGCUAAGCCUGGUGCCAAAUUAAAUGCAAUAACAGAUGUCUCUACUGAAGCAGUUGGUGUAGCUAUUGCUGCCCCACCAUCAGAAGGUGAAGCCAAUGCUGAACUUGUACAUUUCCUUUCUAAGGUUUUACAAGUAAAGAAGAGUGAAGUAAUUCUGGACAAGGGCUCUAAAUCAAGAGAGAAAGUAGUGAAGAUUUUAGCACCAUUAACUCCUGAGGCUAUUCUGGAAAAGCUUAGGAAGGAAGCUUCUUCGAGUUAAGACUGAAUGCUGCAGAGGAUGCCUGUAAGCCCAUAAGAUACUGCACAGGUGCACUAAGUACUAAAAUGGGUGCAAUGUCGAAAGUGAGAUCACUUUGGUGUUGUGCAGCACCACAUCUGGCACAAAAUGAUGAUGUUUUCUUGGCACAUUCUGUAUUUCUACCAUGUGUUCUCUUCUGCAGUUACUGGAUACUGGUGGCUAGCCUGUUUGAGUACUACCUUGAAACUGUAAAUCAGUGGUUACUAUACUAGAGUAUUUUUCUUAAUGUACAAAAUAAAAGUUUUUAAUCUUUA